CAUCUCGACGCGACAGGGGUACAGGCUGUUUGUUGGUUUCAACACGCGAUUCUGUAGAAACGCAAAAAUUCAUGACGCCAUCUCGCCCUCGCCACAACCACAUCACCACCAUCACCUUCACCUAAUUAGACAUACAAAAAUAAAAUGUCAUCAAUAGCAGCCCGCACUCUGCGGCCUUUACGGUCAUGCUCUGCACUCCGAGCCAGGUCCUCGGGGCCGUCCAAUGCCCGCUCCGUGAGCUACUGGAAGCCCGCCCAAAACAAAGCAGCACCAGCACCGUCCACCCCGGCAUCAACGCCGGCAGCACCCGCCGCAAAGAAGCCCUACACCAGAGCCACUCCAGCGACGGCGCGGAAAACCGCCCCCGCCCCUGCCGCGUCCGACCCGCAGCCGCCAUCGCACCCGGUCCUCGACCCGCAAGCAGCCGCGGUGCCUCCUCCUAGCAUCGCAUCCAACUUUGCCCCGGUACCCGAGGCGUCGUCGACGAUUGCAAACGCCAUUGCCUCCAGCAGCAGCAGCACCGGCCCCGACGGUGGCGAUGGCGGCGCGACCAUCAACUGGUCCGAGUCGUUCCACGGCCUGGGCCAGAGCCCCUUCAGCCCCGAGGCGGCCGCCAUCCUCAUGGCGCCCCUGGACCCCGAGGACGUCGAGGUCAAGCCCGACGGCAUCCUCUACCUGCCCGAGAUCAAGUACCGCCGCAUCCUCAACAAGGCGUUUGGGCCGGGCGCGUGGGGGCUGGCGCCGCGCGGCGACCUCGUCGUCGGGGAAAAGGUCGUCACCAGGGAGUAUGCGCUGGUCGCGCACGGAAGAUAUGUCUCGCAGGCCCGCGGCGAGUGCCAAUACUUUAGCGACGAGUCCAUCCCCACGGCGGGCGAGGGCUGCAAGUCCAACGCUCUGAUGCGGUGCUGCAAGGACCUGGGCAUCGGCUCGGAGCUGUGGGACCCCCGGUUCAUUCGCGACUUUAAGAAGAAUCACGCCAAGCAGGUCUGGGUCGAGCACAUGGUCAACAAGAGCAAGCGCCAGAUCUGGAUGCGCAAGGACGGAGAGGCCGCUUAUCCUUGGAAGCUCAAGACGACUGCUUGAAAAAAACAAACAAGCAGGCACUCUAUUCCUAUCACUUAACGCAGAGAUACCCCCCCUUACGUGAACGUGUAGAACAUGUUCGAGCAACAUGAGGAUGUUUAUUCUGCCAUGUAAAUUACACAUUUUCUUUUGUAAGAGAUAGAACUCCGUGUAACUUUAGAUAGCCAUGUACAGCGCAUUGCUAAGCAGACAGCCUACGGCAUACCCUGCUGGUUCCCAGCUGAGUGGUCCUUCCGCUCAUUUCUUAUGAUCAAUCUGGCAAAUGUGAAUAUCAAUGGGC